AUGUACGAACAAGCUUUGGGACCUUUGAAUUUAGUACGCGAUUCUGAAUUAAAAGAAUUAGCCAAGCCACCACCAUUGGACAUUGAAGGCCUUGCGGUGAUUCUUGAAGAUAUUGUACAAACUGCUGCCGGUUAUAUUAAUGCCGAUCCCGAUGGAGAAUUUCUCUACAAAAAUCCCAAUGGUUGGAAAAGAAAUUCGAAGAAAACAAAACUCGAAAACGAAAUCAAUGAUAACAGCAGUGAUUCUUUUACCAUGCCAAGUACCUCUAGCAGCAGCAGCAGUGAUGCAUCAUCCCGGAUGCCCCAAGAACCUUGGUGUCUGCUGCAGGAUUUCAAUUUCCCCUCAGUGGUGAGACAAAUAACACAAUUUAUAGAAAAUUGGGAACUCACACCGGCCACCAAAUUUGUUGUAAUUGCUCAGGAGAUGAGUGCGGAAAUACCACCCUUUGGUAAGCGUUAUUUUGUGGAGGCCCACUUUUCAAAACCCACACCCCAGUGUCCAAAUCCCUUGGCCAUUGCCAAGGUAUUUUUUCAUAUAAAUGUGUGUGAUCUCUUGCCGCGGGAUUACCCAAUAAAUGUUAUUUACCAAUUCGAAAAUCAUCGGGGACGUUAUUAUGCCUUGGGUGCGAAGAAAUUAAAUUCAAAUAAUUUUCAAAAAUAUUUCAUUGAUACUCUACUGCAUAUGAAAUUGGCUUUUUAUGCUGAGUUGGAGGAAUGUCGUCAAGUGCAUGGUGUGAAGGAAUAA